CUGCGGUGUUCCCUCCCCCGGAAAUGGGCUCUUUUGAAUGUCCGUUUUCCCCGGAAGUGGCAGCCGUUGUUUUGGGGCUGGAUCCUGGUCGUUCAUACCCCUCGGAGGAGGAUCUGAGUGGAAGGCCCUCCAGCCAGGUUUGAACACUUUCUCCUCCUCCUCCUUUCAGUGUUUGUCACCCUGAAACGUCCAAUAUUGUAAGUAUUGUAAGGUGAGAAUCCAGCUGGGGAGGAAUCCAGAUGCUGUACCAUUAAAGCCCUGCUGUUCACUGUACACAUCCAAUAGCAAUAUAGCAAUAGCAAUAGCACUUACAUUUAUAUACUGCUCUAUAGCCGGAGCUCUCUAAGCGGUUUACAGGAGAGUCUUAUCCAGGAGAGUCUUAUCUCUGAGCUUCUUUUGGUAGAGAGUGAAAGAGAGGAUAUGGACGCAGGGCAGGGGAAGCAGCCGGACUUCCCAUUCCAGGCUGUGCAGAAGCACUGGAUGUCCCCGGGAGUGAAAAUGGAGGAACAAGACCCAGGAGGCUCUGCACCAAAGGAGGAAUCGGAGGAAACAGGAAAAGCUGUCCUCCAAGCUGGAAGGCUCCAGGAAUUCCUGCAGAGGAUUCCCGGAGAACAAGUUAAACAGGAACCAAAGGAGGGUCUUCUUCAGCGCUGGGAUGCCCAAUGGCAGGAGUUUCUGAAGACAGUGGAGUCCCCUUGCUCUGGACUGGCAAUCCCCCAGCUGACAGAAGAGCCCGCUCCAUGGGAUGAUACUAAGGCCUUUCUGGCCUCCUUUGAGCAAGUGGCCGAAGCCUGUCAAUGGCCCAGGGGAGAGUGGGUGACCCAGCUCCUGCCAGCUCUGAGUGGAGAAGCCAAGAAGGCCUUUGACAGGCUGGAGAUCGGAGACAGAGAGGAUUAUGGGAAGGUAAAAGCAGCCAUCUUACGACAGGAUGCUCUGGCCCGGGAAAGGUGGGGUCACCACUUCAGGCAUUUCUGCUACCAGGAGGCUGAGGGUCCGAGAGGGGCUUACAGCCAACUGCAGAAACUUUGCCAUGGGUGGCUAAGGGUAAAGAAGCAGACAAAGGAGCAGAUUCUGGAGCUGCUGAUCUUGGAGCACUUCCUGGCCGUCCUUCCACCGGAGAUCCAGAGCUGGGUGCGGGAUUGUGGCCCAGAGACCUGUUCCCAGGCGGUGGCCCUGGCUGAGGGUUUCCUGCAGAUGCAGCUAGAAGCCAAGAGACAGGAAAAACAGAAGCCAGCAUCACUUCAGGAGGCAGCCCCGGGUUUCUCCCGAUCUUCACAGGCUCUGCCUGACCCUGUCCACAGGCGGCAGUACAGGGAGACCACGCAAGAGGGUGACCACGGAGAUGUGAAUUCACAAGCAGAUUCCAUGCAAGUAGACGAGUGUGAAGAAAGAAACCGUCGGCUAGGAAGACCUGAGCAAGCAGAACCAUCCCAAAGAAGAGUGCUGAAGAAUGUUUCCAGGACCCUGAAAGAGGGUGACUCCUCUGAGGAUCGGAGUGAACCAAAGAGGCAGCUAGGGGGGAGCCACCCACGGAUGGGAGUGGGGGAUCCUGUUUCUUGUGGGGUAAGUGAGAAACCCCUCCAUGAAGGCCUGCUGCAGCAAACGGCACUCAGUGGGUCUGAGGAAGGCUUUGAACAGGAGUCUGGCUUUAUCAAAUGUGAAGAGGUUGUAAUCCAAGAGCUGACUUAUCAAUGUGAGGAUGGUGAAAGCCUCAGCUGCAAGGAUCCUCUGAUGAGACAUCCGCAAGUCCACCCUGGGGGGAAGUCCAACCAGUGUGCCUACUGCGGGAAAACCUUCAGCCGCAGGCCGAACCUUGUGACGCACGAGAGGACCCACACUGGGGAGAAGCCGUACGGGUGCUCAUACUGUGGGAAAACCUUCAUCCAGAACUCCCACUUGAUCGUGCAUGAGAGGACGCACACUGGAGAGAAGCCCUACAAGUGUUGCACCUGUGGGAAGAGCUUCAGCAGCACUUCCAACCUCCACACGCACAGGAGGACCCACACAGGGGAGAAGCCGUACAAAUGUCCAGUGUGUGGGAAGGGCUUCGUUAAUAAGUCCCACUUGAUUACUCACCAGAGGCAGCACAAUGUGGAGAAGCUGCAGAUGGAACAGCCGGAUCUGGGGAAAAAGUUUUGUCUAAAGGACUCAGUGGCACUGGCGGCGUGCCGUGCUGAGUGGGCUGCGGCUACCUCCCCCGCUCCCGUCUCUCAGCCCCCCAAGGCCAAGAAGACUAAAAAGCUCUCAAAGGAGCAAAAAGCAGCGGCGCGCGCAGCCAAGCGCACCGCGCCGCAAGCGGCUGCAAUUAAUCAGCCAGAGCUCGCUCAUCGGGCUGAGGGGGAAGCUGGCGGGGGAGGCCCCUCCCCGCCACCGCUGCAAGGCGCGGUGCCUUCUCAUCAGGACCUGCCGGCGCCCGGCCCUUCCCAGGUAGGGUCACUGGGGUCCUCCUUACAGGGCGAGCCGCCUGCCAAACGCCCCUGCCCUUCUCCUCCUGAACGGGAGCGGGCGCAUUCCAGGGAGGCCGAGGAAGAGAUUCCGGCCAGUUUCGCCGCUCUCCUCAGGCGCGUGGUGGCGGAAGAACUCGGGAGGUUAGUGCCCGAUUUGGCACGACAAAUUCCCGCCAUUGUUGCUCCGGCCGCCAUUUUGGGUCCUCAGGGAACGGGGGAAUCGUCCACCUCUCAACCAUGUUUUCCCGCCUUCAGCGCUCCGGAUGCCAUUUUAAGCCCUCAGGAGGUGGGGGAACCUGCCGAGUUGUACCCGCGGCCGUCCUCUUCCAGGCCUCCGAGAGCUCCCUUAGGGCCACCUCAUUUGUCCCCCUGUGCCCCAAGUUGCCCCCAGGCCCAGGGCUCUGGCUUGGCAGCGCCUGUUCUGCUCCCGGAGGAGGAUAGGGAGCGCACAGACAAGUCGGAUUCCGACAGAGAAGAGGGGGAACUCUCUGGGGACGAGGGGGAGUCCCUGCCACCGUCCCAGACUCCCUACAGGCUUUUUAAUCAGGGGGACUUCCCAGUCCUGCUCCACAAGGCACUCUUUUGCUUUAAGAAAGAAUCUGGUAGAAGGACAAGGAGAUCUGUCCUACUGAAGGCUGCCUUUGAGGGCAGGUUAAAGAUGGGAGAGGAAGACUUUGCUGGCCCUGAGGCCUUUGAGACUGGGAGCACUGGGGAAUUCUGGGAAAGGACUGUGCAGAAGAUCCUGGGUGAAGACAGCCUCACGUCAGACGUACAGCGCCAGCGCUUCAGGCAGUUCCGCUACCAGGAGGCCGAGGGACCGAGAGGGGUUUGCAACCGACUCCGUGACCUUUGCCAUCAGUGGCUGAAACCAGAACAAAGUGCAAAAAGUCAGAUGCUGGACCUGGUGAUCCUGGAACAGUUUCUGGCCAUCCUGCCCCCGGAGAUGGUGAGCUGGGUCAGAGAAUGUGGACCGGAGACCAGUUCCCAGGCAGUGGCCCUGGCGGAAGUUUUUCUGUUGAGUCAGAGAGAGGACAAGAAGCAGGGAGAGCAGGAGGUGCUGGGGCCAUUGACAGAAGCAGCGACUGAUUUCCACGAGGCAGCGACUGUUCCCUUGGACACCAGAGAGAGGCCGCUCUUCAGGUGGAUUGUGCAGGAAGGUGACCGAGGUGGUGGAAUGACACUCACACUCUGCACUCGAUCGUCUCCUCUUUGUGACAGUGUGGCAACGUCUUCUGUGCAGCCAGAUCAGGAUCUGUUGACCUUUGAGGAGGUGGCUGUGUAUUUCACCGAGGACGAGUGGGAUCUACUGGAUGCAGGCCAAAGGGCCCUGCAUACGGAAGUCAUGGUGGAGAACUGUGGGAAUCUGGCCUCUCUCGCAGGUGACAUGUGGGAGAGUAAGAAUGAGAGGGAACCAUACAAGGUGUCAUGGGAAAGACCUGGAUAUAAAGAGGAAGGGCAGCAGAGAAUGGAGCCUGGAGAACAGAAGCAGAUGACACAAAAGCCUGUUGGGUUUCGGCCUGGUGGCUUCCAUGAAAUCUCAAUCCAAGGACAAAUUGACAAAGAAAAGAACAAGUGUCCUGUGUGUGGGAAAAACUUCAGUAGUAAAUCAAGCCUUAAUGUUCAUUGGAAAAUCCAUACAGGGGAGAAACCAUUUAAAUGCUUGGAGUGUGGGAAGAGCUUUUGUCAGAAGGAGAAACUUAUUAGGCAUGAAAGAAUCCAUACAGGGGAGAAACCAUACAGUUGCUUAGAGUGUGGGAAGUGUUUCAUUCAGAAAAUAGACCUUACUUCCCAUCAAAGAAUCCACACAGGAGAGAAGCCGUAUCAAUGCUUGGUGUGCGGAAAGAGUUUCAGGCAGAGUGCACACCUUAUUUCACAUCAGAAAAUUCAUACUGGGGAGAAACCAUAUCAAUGCUUGGAGUGUGGGAAGACCUUCAGUUUUAGCCACAGCCUUACAUUGCAUCAAAGAGUCCACACAGGCGAGAAACCUUACAAAUGUUUAGAAUGUGGAAAGACCUUCCGCCAGACUGCAAGCCUCAGUUCACACCAAAGAAUCCACACGGGGGAGAAGCCGUAUGAAUGUUUGGAGUGUGGAAAGAACUUCAGUCGAAACUCACACCUAAUUAGACAUCGAAGAAUGCAUACAGGCGAGAAACCAUAUAAAUGCUGGGAGUGUGGAAAGUGCUUUAGUCGGAGUACACACCUUAGUUCACAUCAAAGAAUCCACACUGGGGAGAAACCGUAUAAAUGCUGGGACUGUGGAAAGAGCUUCCGUAAGGACUCAAACCUAACUUCACAUCAAAAAAUCCACACAAGGGAGAAGCAGUAUGAGUGGUUGGACUGUAGUGUACACUUUUCUGAUAAAUCAGUCCUUGAAAAACAUCAGGACUCUUACACGGAAGGUAAACCUUAAAGGUCUGGAAUGAGAAAAGUUGGGUCCACUAAAGAAAGAAGCUGCGCAAGCACUCAAAAGUGUUGCACAAACUUCUGUGCUAGAUCAAGCCUUAAUGCGUGACAAAGAAUUCACUCAGUGGAGAAUCCUCGAAAUGUGGAAAGCAGUUGAAGUGGAGCACAUAUUUACUUCAUAUCAAAGGAUUUACACUCCUGUUGAAACAUUGGUCAGAAAAAACUGUAGGGCAAUCAGAAAAAGAGAAUCCAAACAGAAGGGAAAAUGUAUAAUUCCUCAGAAUGUGGCAGAAACAUCUUUUUGCAUAUGAAUUAUUGCAAACGAGUACAAGAAGGCUUGUGAAGGAAAUUUUGAGUUGAAGUCAACCUCUUACAAGAUAUCAGAGCAGUCUUGUGAAUGGGCACACAUCUAGGUCAUCAGUGGCAAAGUAAUAUUUGUGUUCCAGUGAUGCCCCACUACCCCAGGGAUAGAUCGUGCAUUGCAAAAGAGGAAAAACAUUUAUAAAUAUCUGGACUGCCUUCUUUAAAACUCUGCAUUCUCUUCACUUUUGCAGAACGAAACCCAUUUUGAAAGAACCUGUAAUAAUGAAAGCACUGAAGACGGAGGGCAAAAGCACUUCUCAGAUAAAAACCAAAGGCGAGGAAGGCAGUGCCAAUGCUCUGGCAAGAAAUAGCUAUAAAUUGAAAACACACGUUGGGCUAUUCAGUUAAUGUAGAGCAAAUCGUAGCCUACAAGGAACUCCUCCAGUUCUAGCUCUUCCGGUCACCUUUGCAAUCCAGAACAUUCAGAGCUUCUGCAUUCCCAACAGAUGACUGUUCAGCCUCUGCUUAAAGACUUCCAGCAAGGGAGAGCCCAGCACCAUUACCCGCCAGGGAGCUGGUUGAACGGCUCUUACCAUUAAGGAGUUUCUCCGAAUUUUCAGCCCAAAUCUGCCGCCCUGUAACUUAAGCCCAUUAGAUCUAGUCCAGCUGUCUGGGACAGCAGAGAGCAGUUCUUUUUCCUGUGUGACAACUUUUCAGGUAUUUGAAGAGUAAGGGUGUGCACGUACUGCGGUUCAAGCACUGGUACAGUGCAGGGAGCUGGAGCUUCAAGAGAGAGGAGAGCAGGUCCUUACCUCCACCCUGCUGCCCCGUGCAGCUUCCUACUAGGGCGGUGCUCGGCCCAAGUACCCCCGUGCGGCGCCGGCGUGCACAUGUCCACGCAUGUGUGUGGCCAGCAACACCUGACCAUGCAAAUGGUGCCCGCGCAUGCGUGGAUGCCAUGUGUAUGCUGGUGCUG